CGCUCCAGAAACCCACCAUUUCCCUGGAGCCAAAUUCCCGGGUGUUUGUGAGAGGGGAAAUGGCUCAGAUCUCGUGUUCAGGGAAUUAUCGUGGCAGCAACUUCUCUUUAUACAGAGACGGCGAGUCUAUCACAUCACAACCAGCUCCAGGGAAUAGCAACGCGGCCACGUUCCCCCCAUCGGAGAUUAGGGCAGGAAAUCACUGGUGUAAAUAUACUACACUCGUGGGCGGCCGAGAGCUCACAUCACCAGAGAGCGAGCGAGUGGCCAUCACUGUGCGGGAUCCGCUCCAGAAACCCAACAUUUCUCUGAAGCCAAAUUCCCGGGAGUUUGUGAGAGGGAAAAGCGCUGAGAUCUCAUGUUCUGGCAAUUAUGUUAGCAGCAGUUUCUCUUUAUACAGAGACGGCGAGUUUAUCAUAUCACAAACAGCUCCAGAGAAUAACAAGACAGCAAUAUUCACCAUAUCCGAGAUCAGUGCAGGAAACUACACCUGUAACUAUACUACUGUUAUAGACGGCCGAGAGUUCACAUCACCGGAGAGCGAGCGAUUGGGAAUCUCUGUGUCGGGUUCCUUUUCCGCUCAGGAAAAUGUGAAUAUCGUCCACAUCAGCCUGGCGAUCGCAGUGUCUCUGCUAAUUGUUGUCCUGUUCGUGGUCGAAUGCAGACCAAUAAAAGAAGACAACAGUCAAGAGAGGGUCAUUGAAGAAACGACCUUACCUUCCCACUGAUCUCCUCAAAGCUCUCAGAAUCCAGCUCGUCUCCAGCUUAUCCUCUGUCUCAGGCCACAGUAUCUUUCUCCCGUGAUAUAAUUUCCUGCCUUUGCCUUUGCCUAAACAACUUGAUCGAUUCAUUUAGCCCAGGGAACCUAACAUGGCCUCCAACAGUAUUCCAGGGAACCUACCAUGGCCUCCAAUAAUAGCCCAGGGCACAGACCAUGACCUCCAACAAUA